CAAACGUUUGCUUUGGCUGCUGCCGCUUUGGUGGAUGGCUUUCUGGCCAAACAGUGAAAGUGCCAAGCAGCCGCAGCGUGUCCAUUAUCCAGCUGGAGUGGAUUUCUUUGAACACGAAUUCACCAGCGUUGCGGCAGAUGAGUUGGAUCCCUUUGGCCCUGAUAUCGGGGACGAUGACCUGGGCAUCGAUGAUCCGGAGACUAUGCCGCGUUUAUUCCAAGGCGACAUUGCCAUCGAUCCCUACACGUAUAUAACAUUGAGACUGGGCGUGAAUCCGAUGCGACAUCCAAAGCGACUGUGGCCUAACGGAACGAUUCCGUUUGAGAUCAGUCCACGAUAUGAGGACAAGGAGUGGAAGCUGAUUGUGCAAGCCUUGAAAACAUUCAAUGCGCUGACCUGUGUCAAGUUUGUCCCCUACGAUGGGGAGGCGGAUGAUUACCUGCUGAUCGAGCCACCGGAGGAUGGACCCCUGGGCUGCUGGUCAUAUGUUGGGAAGCGGGGCGGGGAGCAGGUGGUGGCCCUGCAGCGUCCGGAUGAGACGAGUGCCCAUUGCUUCAGCAGCGAAGGCCGGAUUAUGCAUGAGCUGAUGCACGCCAUUGGCAUUUAUCAUGAACAGUCUCGAGCGGAUCGGGAUAACUUCGUUAAAAUACACUGGGAGAAUAUUGUGCCGCGUUUUCGAAAGAAUUUCAAGCUGAUUUCGCGCAAGAAGGGGAAAUACUCAUUUGACUACGACUACAACUCGGUGAUGCACUACGGGGAGUACUAUUUCAGCAAGAAGAAGGGUGUGAUGGCCACGAUGACACCGUUGCAGCCGGGAGUUAGGAUCGGACAGAGGAAGACGCUCAGUAAAAUUGAUUGCCUCAAGAUCAAUGAUUUGUAUGGGUGUCUGAAGGGGCGGCGUGGUAAAAUGUACAGGAGCUUUUGUCACUUGCUAGGUUUGUAGGUGUUCAAGUAA